AUGUCCAGGCCAGGAGUGCGAGGCCCUCCAGGACCCGAUGGACCCCCAGGAUUACAGGGCCCUCCUGGAUUACCUGGUGUUCCAGCCUUGCCUUACGCGGUCAAUGGACAGCCUGGGCCACCAGGACCUCCUGGAGAUGCAGGAGCCAGUGGUGAACCUGGAGAACCUGGGGAACCUGGCCCACCAGGACAACCAGGAACUUCACAGAAAGGUGCUCAAGGUCCAUCGGGAGAGCCAGGAAUGGCAGGAGCCCCAGGAAUUACUGGAAUACCUGGUGCACCUGGUCUGCCUGGGAGCGAUGGGCCUCCGGUUCCACAAAAUUUUGAAUAUUCCCGUACAGAAGCGUAG